CAGUGAGGUCUCGUCUGGCAGAGGUGGAGCCGUCGAAGUAGUUGAAAUGCAGCGCACCAUACCUCUUCUGCUCUGCCUCGGGCUGAGUCUACACAUAGCGCUGCAAGGACCAGCAGGCAUCCUUCCGAAACCGUUGCUCUGGGCCACUCCAGGCUCUGUGAUCCCAAUGGGGAGUUCUGUGAGGCUAUGGUGUCAGGGGAUCCUGGGGGCACAGAGUUACCAUCUGAAAAGAGAAGGAAGAUCGACAUUCUUGGCCAAACCAAUCAUAUUUGGAAAUAAGUCCAAGUUCUCCAUCCCAUCUAUGACCAGAGAUGAUGCAGGGCGAUAUCGCUGUUACUAUCUGACCCUUGCCAGCUGGUCAGAGCACAGUAAUGUUCUGGAGCUGGUGGUGACAGGAGUCUACAGGAAACCCAGCCUCUUGGCCCUGCCCAGCUCUGUAGUGACAUCAGGAGCCAAUGUAACCCUCCAAUGUACCACAGGAGAACGUAACAAGUUCACUCUGACUAUGGAAGGAGAAGCCAAAUUCUCUUGGAACCUAGAAUCACGACGUCUUCCCAAUGGACAAUUCCAGGCCCUGUUCCCAGUGGGCCCAGUGGUUCUUGGUCCCAGGUGGUCAUUUAGAUGCUACAGCUGUGACAACCAAAAUCCCUUUGUGUGGUCCAUACCCAGUGACCCCCUGGAUCUCCUGGUCUCAGAAUCGUCUACUCCCAGUGCCCCAUGCUCAGAGCACAUCACCAUACCAGGAUGCACUGGAAGUCCCAUCUCCGUACCCUCUGCUCCCAGCUCCACAGCAGACGUCACUCAUGGCCAUGGUCUGGGAAGGAACCUGCAAGUUGUGAUUGGGAUCUCGGUGGCUUUUCUACUCCUGCUCACCAUCUUUGUGCUCGUGCGACUGCAGCACCAGUGCCACUGCAGGAAGGCAGGACCCAGCUCUGCUGACACCUGCCCAGAGGACUCCCACAGCUACCAGGCAGCUGACUCUGAAGGCAAACAGGGAGUGACCUAUGCCCAGCUGAACCGCUUCAAGCUCAGACAGGAGCCAACCACAGGCCCUUCCUCACAGAAACAGAAGUUCCCAGCUGUGACCAGUGUGUAUGCCCCCCUGGCUGUCCAUCAGCAAAUGAGAGACCUCAGACCCCACAGUGCAAGAAUUGGCACCUAGGGCCCUCAAGAGGGACAGGAGCUGCCCCAUGCACACUCAGCUAAGGACCAGGGGCAGCCUGGGGGCCUGGCGUGGGACUCUGAGAUAUUCUAGAAGUUGCCUGAUCAUGAAAUCCAAGGUAGCUACAUCAACACAUCUGAGUAUUUAACAAGUUAAUUUUUAAAAUAAUGAAGACUCAGUGAAAAACAUCACAAACUCAUCAAAAUUACCAUGAGAUUAAAAACAUGCAUCAAGGUCAUGAAGUAUCUGUACUUUAGAGUAAAGGAAAACCUUAAAUAAACUGAAAUAGAAAAACAAGUCAAUGAUUUCUAGGUGAAAGAAAAUGGCAUUAAUUUUGACAAAGAAAGUAGGAAAUAAUGACCAUAGCAACCAUUAGUAAUUUAGAUUAAAACAGUAUAAAUAUAUACUUGUCCUUAAAAGCUAAUAAAGUUUAUGAAACCCAGGGAACAUUGUAAAGGAAAACAAUAUUCACAAAAGAAAUACAGAAGGAAGGCGUGUCAGCUUGCACAUUUGGGGAAGAUGAUGUUCCCACCAGAAAAUCUCCCUCAUAGCAAAGAAUACACCCUGGAGUCUAAAAAUAUGAGCAAGGUGGGUGUCUUAUUUAUUUUUUAUUUGUUACUGAGAGAGGAUACCCGAUGCCCAAAGUUGGGAAAGGAAAGGUUUAUUUUUUGUAGCUUUGGAGGUUUUAGUCCGUACUCAGUUGGCUCCAAGGCAGGAUGGUAUGGUAGAGCAGCAGUUUAUGGCUACUGCUAACAGCAAAGUGGAAACAGCAAGAGAGACACAUCUUUUUUCUGCCAUUACAUUGUAUGCUGGUUCCACCUCUAUGUGGGUGUAGCACCGACAGCAUCAAUCUAAGCUCUAGACAAUAAAUCAAUCAUAAAUGCAUAAUGCAAAGGCAUGAGGCCUGGGGGCGACCAACAUAAACAAUGCCAGUGUGGUUACCCCAAGAAUCAAGGCUGGAUGAGUGAUUUAGAUGAUCAGUGUAUUUUACUACAUUUAUAGAAAAAAGGAUAAAUGUGUUCACCUGAGGAGAUGAACAAAAGUGUUCUAUGGAAAACCAGCAGGUGUUCACAAUGUCAAAUAUUAGGAAAAGUGCUCAAUUGAAUUGAAUGGAAAUUUACAAAACACCUGGAAGGAGCCUUCUACUUACAAAGAAACUUGGUAUCUCUACCCCAAGAAUUAGGAAGGAGACAAGGAACUGUGUCACUGGGCUCCUGUUCAUCAUUUCUCUGGAGGUCCAGGCAAGGAUUAAAGACAAGAUUAUAACAGCAAAUAGCAAUGACACAAUGACAGAGAAAACUAAAGGAUGGGCUGUUACUCUUCAGAAAUUGUCAGAGUCAUCAUGUGAAGGCAGCUUGAUUCUGUUCCUAUACAACAGAAAUUCUUUAGGAGGAAUAUAAUAAACAUAUCAAAACACAGAGUGCAAAAUUAAAAUUAAUGUCUCCAGACAUUUGUGGAUACAGGGAAAAGCAAAUAGACCUGAACCAACAUGGGGAACAAAAGAGCCCUCAGCCUGUGCUCCCAGGAAAUCCAGGCGGUGAGAACGCAUACAUGGUGAUGAUGUUGGGAAGUGUUUCCAGGUGGGAGGGAGAGCCUUGGAGACAAUUAGGAGGACAGAGAGGA